AUGUUUCCGUUUGGGGCUUCUGCUGCUGGUGUUUUAGGUCUAAUUUCAUCUCUGCGGGCGACACCAACCGCAGUAGCGAAUAUGACCAAUACAGCUCGUUUGUCGGGGAUUAACAAUUCCCAGUUACUCGUUUCAGCGGCCGACUACCACUGGAAACCGGUGGCAAGGUCUUGGAGGAGAAGAAUCCACCCUCCCAGUCGUGCUUCCGUUGAAACACGGGCCUCCGAUCGCAAGUCCAAUUUGCAUUGGAGCAUCGAGCUCGUCAUUCUCGAUCUAGCCUCCUCUCCGCUGGCCAUCUACGCGCCAAUGCAGCAUCGCUAUCAUUUCCGCUCUGUGCUUUGUUUGCCCCGGGCAGCCUUCGGACCGCCGAUCUCCUACCUUCCACGCUACCGCGCCAACGACGAGGCCACGUCUCGUGGCCUGUCGCUGUAG